AUGGUUACACUUGCAGAUGAAAUGCAAGAUCUGAACACAAAAUCUCUUGAUCAGUAUAAUGCACCUUCAUUUAAGUCGCCUACAUCUUGGUAUACCUCAGACACAAUUAAUGAGUACAUUAAAAUGAUAGUAACACGGUCAAAAGGUGAAGUUUAUGCAGUUGUCACUGAUUUUAUAAUAGCGUAUCUUCGAGGAGGUUAUCCAGCUGUAAGAAGAUGGAUAAAAAAAGAUAUUCACACAAUAAAUUUACUUUUUGUGCCGAUGAAUGUAUAUGGGAGUCAUUGGAUAUUGACAGUGGUUAAUGUGCUUGAAAAAACUGUGACAUCCUAUGAUAGUUUUAAGUCGUAUAAGGGUCCUUAUCCAAUGGUAUUAAAAAAUUUCUUAAUUGAAUGGGAGAUGGACAGAAAAGGAAAAGCUUCUACAUGGACAUUACAAAUAGGCGAGACAUCUCGGCAAACCAAUGGACAUGAUUGUGGGCCUUUUACUGUUGAGCUGGCAGAAAAAAUGUCUCGAGGAGAUACAACACCAAUAAAUGCAAAUCUCAUGCCUUUUAUAAGAUUAAGACACAAAAAUGAAAUUAUUGCUGGACAGUUAUUCUAUUAA